AUGUCGUAUCGCGGCCGCCCCAGUAAAGGAUGCGAAUCCUGCAGAGCUCGUAAAGUUAAAUGCGACGAAACGAAACCCAUCUGCAACCGCUGCCACAAGUCCAACCACGAUUGCAAGUAUCGUGAUCAGUCGGAUUUGCUUUUUCGGAACCAGACUGCAUUUGCUGCGCAGAAGGCCGAAGAGUCAUGGCGCAAGAGGUCCAAGUCGCACCAGCGCGCUGAGAGUGAUGGCAGCAGCUACCAUUCCUCUCCUAGCACGCAUCAAUCCCCUCCUAGCAACCACAGCUCUCCAAGGAGCGACCUAGCCUCUGAUCCAUCUGCGUCUCUCGCAGACUUUAACAACCUCUCUGUCAGCCAUAGCCUUCCGCCUGAUUUACAUCGUCUAGCCUAUGAGCGUUUUCUAUACGAUUGGAUUGUCCUCGAGACGCCAAACAAAAAUUCAGACGAGCCCUCUGAUGCGAUAUGGGACUUUCUACCUCUCUUGUAUCAAAGAUCUGCGGAGGGAUCAUGCCUAGCGGCCGUUAUUAGUGCUAUAUCCUAUGCCAACUUUAGCUCCCGAUGUAAUGCACCCCAAGCCCUUGGGCUUGCGGAGGAGCAUAUCGGAAAGGGGAUAAAGCUUUUGCAAAAGGCAAUAGCAGAUCCAAAACAAGCGGGUACCGACGAAACCCUUGCUGCAGUCUAUCUCAUGGGCGUAUAUGAGAACAUUACAUCCUCAGUCUAUAAUGGCUCCUUUCUGGCGCACAAGGAAGGCGCAAAUGCCCUCUUGCAACUGCGCACUGUUGGGGAGUUCUACAGUAACCCCAUCUCUGCCCGACUGUAUGAAGUUUCGUACGCCCAAAUGCUUAUCGGCAACUUACAGUCUGCAAAGGCUCCUCCCCUCCCUAUCAGAGACUUUAACACUGCAAAAGAAUACAUCCCGACAAUGUACAGCACCUCAGGAAUCUACGUAAUCCGAUUAAUCCACAGCGUGACGCACCUACACGCAGAAUGGCAAGACUUCAAGCAGGUCUCAUCGCCCCCCACAACCCGCUCCGCCUUCCGACGUCUCCUCCAAAGAGGUCUAGAGCUUGACGCCGAGUACCAAGCCUGGGAAAAUACAAUUCCGCGCGUAUGGCGCUACCAGAUCGAAAUGAACUCUCCUGAAGUCCGAGGCACAUAUGACCCGAAGUGGGUGAAUCUAGUGCUGGGAGCGCGGGGCGCGCCGAAGGAAAUCCAUUGCUACACGUCAUUGAAAAGGGCAUGGAUCUGGAGCUUUUAUCGUACAAGUCGCAUGUUUCUCCUCCGUGAUAUCAUUGAGAUUAUAAACUGGAUGCUGCGGUUGCCGGAGCCGGAGCCGGAGACGCAUACGGACGGCGCGGCCGACAUUGAUCCGCAUAUAAUGACGAACCAAUGGCCGCUGGAUAAUAUUACGCUCCAGAUCAAUCACGCGUUUGCAACUACGCAUCUAGUUACUGUCAUUGAGCAAAGCUGCUCGGCGGUGCUGAGCCAUUUCACGGUGCCAGUCUGGGGGAAGUCGUUGGAUGAUGUCAUGGGUUUGAGAGGGUACACUCCGUUUUGGAGUCUUGGGGUUAUGGACGCGAUUUUGAAACUCGGGAUGGUUCCAGAUUCAGGAUCAUUGGUGAAUCGUGCGUCGACAACGACAGCGACGACAACAUCAAGAGAUGUGCAACAACCUUCGAUAUCGACUCUACCUGAUACACACUUUCCUCCUCAUAUCCCGCAUUCCGACUCGACUCCGAACACGUUCUUUAACUCAGCAACCAUUACGCCCGAUGAUGCCGACGUCCUCAACCCAGCACCAGCACUAUCGUGCGUCACCCCACUAGCGCUCCCCCCCGCGCUCCCCCCAAACGCACACCCCUUCCUCCCAAACGACUCCCUCCACAUCUUCGACUCCAGUCCCCCCCAUCCCUUCGACUUCAGCUCCUCACUACCCCCACUCGACUUCACCAUCAGGCAGCCUUCUUCCAUUGACGUAGCGGCACGACGAGAUUGGAUCCAUAAUAUCUUGCAGUUUCUGGCGACUGAGCUGGGGAUUAAAAAGGGCCUAGCCGUGUUGAGACACGCGCAAGGAUUUCCGGGGAAUGAGUGGAUGGUAAAUGGACAGGCUAGGGCGAGGGCAUAUGGGGAUAUGGUGUAG